AUACCGAACUCCAAGUUGUCAUCUUUUGAAAACUUCAAGCUCCAUAUAUAUAUAUAUAUAUAUAUAUGAACACAAUAAUAAUAAUAUGAUCAUCUCCUCUCCUAUACAAAUCUCUCUCUCUCUCUCUCUCGUUUUACUACAAGAGCUAGCAAAGGAUGCCUUGUCUGAACAUAGAGACGAACGUCAAAUUGGAAGGAGUUGAAACAGAAGCUUUCUUCUCGGAAGUCACCAGAGCCGUAGCUUCCAUCAUCGGGCGUCCUCAAAACAUGGUGAUGGUGGUGCUGAAGGGAUCGAUAGAUAUAAGGUUCGGGGGGACAGAGGAAGCUGCUGCGUUCGGGGAGAUAGUUUCGAUGGGAGGGAUCACGAAGCGUGUCAAGAGACAGCUCAUCUCAGCCGUUGGAUCCAUUCUCCACUCUCGAGUCGGUGUUCCUCCUUCUCGUUUCGUUCUUAAAGUCCUCGACCUCACCUCUCUCCCCCUUCCUCCUUCUAAGUUAUGACUCUUCUUCUAUAUUAUAUGAUUGAAUCAUCAUCAUUCCCUCUUAAUUAAUUACUGCCCACUCAUUUUUUGCUUUUCUAAGUCAUGACAUUGACCAACGACCAUAUUGAAGCGAUAUAUGUGUGUAUAUAUAUAUAUAGAGAGAGAGAAACCAUAUGAUCUUCCAUUUCCAUUUUUUGCAAAAGCAGUAAAUUAAAAACUGUUUCAAUGGAUACAUAUAUAUUAAUUAACCAUGCGAUUCUAAAUCCAAAGGGGUCGUCGAUGAGACCAUAAGGAUCAAGAUUUACAUUAUACACACACACACACACACAUGGAUCCUAUGACAUAAUCAUAGACAUAAGCCAAAGUCUCUCGGAUGUCGUGUAUUGUUUUUUUUUUUUUUUGACAAAGGUUGGUAUUUCCAUUACUUUAGAAACUGAACAAUAUGUUAAGUGGCAAUUGGGUUAACGUCCAUCCCAUUUGAAAGCGAAAGAAGAAUUAUUCAUCUAUGAAAUUCAAUUUCCAAGAGUUUUAUAUUAUUCACGAGGGAGAAAUGCUUUUCACAAUUCCUAUUCACAAAUCAGAUCCCAAAAAAAUAAAAAGAAUUUUCAGGGGAACAUAAAUUACAUUUAAAAAAAAAAAAAAA